UUUGCACUGAAACCCUUUUAUCAAUGUCAACAUUGGCCUCGUGAAAACCCUUGGGAAAGAACUCUUCUGCCUUCUAUAAACCUUCUUUUCGUUUGGCUUGAGUCUCCUCACUUGUCGCCGUCGCCUCCAUCUCCUUCAGAAACAAGCAAGCUUUUCAUCUCCAAGGCUUCAACAAAGUGUUACUAGGCCUCUGUCUCCUUCUUCCCCUCCACUUCAAAUUUUUCAUUGGAUUAAGGAAAUACAAGAUGGUGUGGGAUUAAGGAAAUGAAGAUGGAGUUAUGGGUGCAGCACAUGAUAGUGCACACGAGAAUGAUGGAGGAGGUGUAUGGGGCGAGGGCAACAAUAAACAUGUGGGACCCAUCGAUCCAGGUGGUGAACGAGGUCAGCCUCUACCAAGUCUUGAUUCUUUCUGGAUCCUAUGAUGGCACCGAUCUCAAUAGCAUUGAAGCUAGAUGCAUAAUAGGUUUUUUCUUUUCCUUCAUCCUUUUUCACUUCCCAAGAUCCUUCGGCUUCAUUUUAUCUGUGUGCUUGAGUUUGAGUCUAGGUCCGUUGUACAUGUGCUUGAGUCUGGGUCUGGAGGUCUGUGCAAGGCUGGGUGGGUUGCUCCUUCAAGUAGAUAAAUCCUCCUCAUUUGGCUGUGUGAUUCUUGCUCGGCCUUCUUCUUUUCUGGUAGAACCGCCAAAAAAUAAGCAGCCUAUCAAGUCUCCAAAUAUUUGUGCUCCUUCAAGUACAAAUAAUGGAAGCUGUUAAAUUAGACCUUCGUUGUCCUCAAAGAGCCGAGGGCAUUGCUGCUGAACCUGAGCCAGAUUGGACUUUUAAUGCUCUAGUAGCAGAGCUUAAUGCCUUGGAGAUGAAGCUCACUGCUUCUUGUACUGAUCCUUUUCCCACAAAAUCAAUAUACAGUGGGAAUGAAAUUGAGAGAGGUAGACCUUUCAUGUUGCAUGCGCCUGAGUAUGAGAUGGAGGACACGGAGACUGAAGAUGAGCAGGACGAAACUAUAGAGGCUGGCAAACGAUUUGGCUGUAAUGAAAUCUAUCUGAGUGACAGCGAUAGUUCUGACAUUGUCCCAGCAUUUGAAGUGCAAGGUUAUUUGAUGGAUAGAGCAGGAGAGGUUGAAGGUGCCUUAUUAGAACUGACUCAUGAACACCAGCUUCGGGUUAAGGAUGACAUUAGGAAUCAGAUCUCAGCCCUGGAAACAGCUCUGAUGAAUGAAAGCGAGAAGUCUGCUUCUGUUCUUCUUCAAAUAGAGAAAUAUAAAGAAGUAAGACAGGAAUUAGAUAAAAAGUUUGAUACUCAAUAUCAGCGAAGGAUUGCAGAAAAACUUGAUAAUCACUUGACAGCCGUUCAGCAGGACCGGGAGCUUCGAUCACAAAUAGAGGAAAGAAAAAUAAGAAGUGAUGCAGCAUAUGAAGAGACCAAAAGAAAGGAGAAGGCUAUACAAGAGGAAAAAUUAAGACAAGAAAAGGCUAAAGCUGAAGCUGAGGCUGCAUUUAGAGCUGAGGAAGCAAAACGAGCUGCAUUGGAAGCUGAGAGAAGAGCGGCAAUGGAAGCUGAAAAAAGAGCUGCAAAGGAAGCCAUAGAGAAGAAUGCUAUGGAAAGUUCAAAAAGGAUUACGUCUGAAGGCUUGCAACUAGAAGCUACAGCGCAAACAGAUGGUGCAUCUAGCCUUUCAAAAGCUGAAUCCAAGGAACCUGGGUACACCUAUCGAGCAGCAGAUAGUGCUUUAAAACUAGAAGCUCUCAGGCUACAGAAACUGAGAGAGCUAUAUGAGAGAAACCAAGCAAUACGUUCAGGUCCCAACAAGGAUUUUAGCCAUAAGGAAAGUCAUAUUGCCAGAUUGAUCAGGCAAAUAAGGGGAGUAACAGAUAAUGUCAGGUCAAAAGCGAGUGAUCUUAUAAAACUUUUGAAUGAUCCUCAAUGUCCUCAAUCCAUCAGCGCUGAAAUAUUUGCUCGAAAGGUCGUUUCCUACUGUGAAAACCCUGGUAAUGCUGCCUUUGCAAGUGGUUACGUCAUUGUUCUUGUUACCUCUCAGGUCCCACAUGUUAUGGAUUUUUUGCUAGCUGAGUUCCAUAGAGCCUGCAUCUACACUGUUCCAAAGCACAUAGUUUAUAAAAAGUCCACCUUUGAAUCAAGAGAGGCAUACUUCAAAAGUGUUGGUUACAAGGAAUAUGAUGGGAAGAUUGAGAGUACAGAAGAUUAUUUAAAGCGCUUAGAAUCUUACAUCAAGUUGUACGGUGCACUAGUUCAGACCCAAAUUCCAAAUGUUCCGAACUCACAUGGGUUGGAAGAAGGUUGGGCAUGGCUUGCUAGGUUUCUGAAUAAUCUCCCAGCCAAUAAAUACACUGCUGUUUCGCUCAAUGCAUUCCUGCAAAUGGCAGGAUUUGGCCUCUAUAGAAGAUAUAAAUCUCAAUUCUUGAAGAUGCUUAAGGUAAUCUCUGAUAACUUCUUGGUUGAUUUGAAACAAAAAGAACCAGAGUUGACCAGGAUUAUUGUCGAGAUACAAUCUUAUAUUGAAGAUAAAAAGUACCUUAAAGAGCCAGAAGGAAGGAGCUUGCAAUCUAAUUUGUUAUCAAGUAUAGUGAGAGCUUAGAUCCGGAAAAAGCAUAUGGGUAAUUAAGUUACUUGUUUGAUCCCAUAAAGCAAGUCAUUGAUUAAAGUGACGCUAUGUUUUAAGAUGGGAUCUGUAACCAAAGAGGGAAGCCUAAGAUGAGUUUGAUUAUUAUGUAGCGAUACCAUUUCUAAUUUCAUUCUGAUCAGUGAUCAUGCUAAAGUAUAGAUAUGAUUUACAUUCGAUCGAAGUCAAGAAUGAAUUAUCAAAUAUUAUGAUAUACUCGAAAUAUUAAAUCUAGGGUAAUUAUUUUUAAACAAA